CUCCCUCCCUUAUAAGCUCGGCCCUCCUCGCCGCCCGCCGCCGGCUCGCUCAUCCAUCCAUCGUCGUCUGCUCUGCUGCUUCGUCACCUCUCGAUCGAUCGGUGCUUGCAGGCACUAUGAGAAUGAUGAUCUUCUUUGUGUUGCUCAUUGCACUCCUCUCUGCUAUUGCUCCCCUUCCCUUGGAAGCUCUCAAUGUAAGAGGCCACCUACUGAAAUCCAAGACGUUUCUGUCUCCACCGUUCUUCCUGCGCCCUGGAUCAGUCUCAAACAAGUUCUACUAUGACGUCCCGUUCCCUAGAGGCCACCUUGCUUUCAAGAGCUUCGAUGCUGAAGUCGUCGACGAGAAUGGCGCCCCUGUCCCGCUCCAUGAGACUUACCUGCAUCACUGGGUCGUGGAGCCAUACUAUGCUCUGAAGAAAGGCGGUGGCGCCGAUGCGCAAGGGCUACCGAAGAGGAUCAUUGCGAGGAACUCCGGCGUGUGCAAGAACACAUUAGGCCAGUACUAUGGCCUUGGCUCCGAGACUCGCCACACCGCCACAUGGGUGCCUGAUCCUUACGGCAUCGAGAUUGGUAAUACGGAGACGGCCCCCGAAGGGUAUGAGGAGAGAUGGAUGAUCAAUGUGCACGCCAUCGACACGAGGGGUGCGGUCGACAAGCUAGGAUGCACCGAGUGCAAGUGCGAUCUCUACAACACGACGAUCGAUGAGUAUGGGCGCAGACUCCCUGAGGGCUAUGUUGGUGGUUUGUAUUGCUGCUAUGAUGAGACGCAGUGCAAGGUUAGGGAGGGUUUCAAUGGCGAGCUGCGGAAGCUGUUCUUGCGGUACACUGUGAGGUGGCUCGACUGGAGUGAUGCCAUUGUGCCGGUCAAGAUUUACAUAUUUGAUGUUACUGACACUUCUCCGCCUGAUGAAAGAUCCGGAACUGCCUGCAGGGUUGAGUAUCAAGUUGAAGAAUGCAGUUCAGAAAACCGGGCCAAGAACGAAUGCAUCGAUGUUAAGGUAACCAAAGAAGUACUACCCCGUGGAGGCGAUAUCGUGUUUGGUACCGCGCACCAGCAUUCAGGUGGACUUGGUGCUUCUUUACACGGUCAGGAUGGACGUCUGCUUUGUGCAUCGAUUCCAACCUAUGGCAACGGGGAAGAGGCCGGCAACGAGGAGAACUACAUCGUCGGCAUGUCGACAUGCUACCCGAAGCCUGGAUCCGUCAAGGUCAGCGAUGGCGAGGUGCUGACGGUCGUCUCCAACUACAGCAGUGACCGCCAGCACACCGGCGUCAUGGGCCUGCUCUACAUCCUUGUUGCAGAGAAUGAACAGCCAGCUCCCAAGCCAGCUCUGUGCUUCAGUUUCCCAGUUCCAUGGUGCUUACCGACAUGGCUGACGAGCAACUUGUGAAGGUUGAAGUGAGAUCUGAAGAAGUAGAUGAUUAGGUGGUAAUUAAUAAGUUGCCCGGUUUUUUGUUGUUGUUGUUUAUCUAUGGCAGCUCAGAGAGUUGUAGUUUGUUGUGCCAUUUUGAUGAAUCAACAGUAGUCUCUGAUGAUCUGUGGCACACUGGCACUAGUAUAUCAAUCUGGGUUGUAUACAACAGCACUGGCACAGUGGCACACAUCUUUCUCCACCUACCAGAUGUACAAUCUCUUGUACUGUUAUAUGCUGGUGUAUAUAUGUAUAUAGUUUUCAGAUAAUAAUGGAAUAAAUAGUUAUAUAAUGGCUUAUAUAUGUAUUGUACAGGACCUAGUACUGGAGAUCUUGCAGUACUGAUAUGCAA